ACCGCGACUCCGACCGCGCGCGCGAGUGUACCAGUGCUGUUGGGUGUGCGAAUCCGAUUCGAAAAGUGGAAAAAAAAACCGGAAGUACCGGAUAACGCGGGCCAAAAAACGUUGCACCGCAUAAUAUGCUGAAGAUGGUGAAUAGUAAUAGUGGCCGGUUGAUGGUGGUGUUACUUCUGGUGGUGCUGGCAACGGUUGUGGAUCACUGCCACGGUGCAUGCGAUGAACCGUGUCGGCCACCACCGAAACAUUACACCGAGCUUGGCUGCCAGCCGGUACUGGAGGAAGGUCAGUGUUGCCCCAAAAGAUACCAGUGUCCGGAACUGACGGAUCGGGAUGGUAAUAAAUGCUAUUUCAAUGGCAACAUUUACGAUGCGGGCGCACGGCUAUCGAAGGAAGACCAGGAGCUUAACUCAUGCUCACCGGCAUGCUUCUGCUCGAAUGACACCCUACCGUCUUCGUUCAAGUGUGCCCAUAUCGAUUGUCCGGAGUUCCUGGCGCCGCUGAAGGAGAACUGUGUGAACCAGUAUACGGCGCGGGGCUGCUGUGCGGAGCGCACUGUCUGCGGGGAAGAUGUGAAGCGCCUCGAACGUUGCUAUCUGGAGGGCGAGAUGUAUUACGAGGGGCAGCGGAUGUAUCCGAAGAACGAAACGUGCCGCAGUUGCUUCUGCCGGGCGGGCUUCGACAAUAGUACGACGAUCGCGGACAAUCCGAACUGCCAGGAGGCGAACUGUGGGAUCGAGCUGCACGGUGGCGAUCGGCUGGCGAUGGGCUGUAUACCGAUCUACUUCGGUAACGAUCGCUGCUGUCCGAUCUCGUGGAAGUGCCCAACGGAUAAUGAUACGGUGCUGGUGGACGGACGUACGGAACUGGCCGAUCCCGAGCCGGGCAUGCAGUGCAAGUUCGGCAAAUUGACGCUGAACAAGGGCGAUGGUGUAUCGAGCAAUGAUAAGUGCGUCGAAUGCAAGUGCACCGUUCCGCCGCUGGCCCACUGCAUACAGCGAGAGGACUGCUGAGUUCUAGUGACUGGCGAGUGCUCGAGGUGACUUAAGAUAGUUUUUUGGAUCUUUUUUUAAGACGCGCGUAGAUACUCCUCUACGGUAGCGAUCACCAGUGAUUUGUUGUAGUUUAGAACGUUUCGAAAUAAAUGGGUUGAGACGCCAUCAUCGA